GAAUCGUCGGCAGAUGACGUCACGACAACAAAUGCCGUCAGGCUCACGAGAUGUCGUGGGUCAGUAACUAACGUUGACACCUGGUAUUUUGCAUCUUUUUUCUGACUCAUGUAUCCAGAGAUAAAUAUAUAAGAACCCAAGGAAGACGUAGUUUAAGUCACUAACGAACUAAAAGACUUUAGUAAAGGAGCUGUCAACCUUGACUUCCGGGUUUGGAAGAGGAGUGGAUCGAAGAUGGACGCCCAAGUCAUGGAAAGAGGGGGGAGGGCAGAAAGUUCUAGUACCGAAGAGGAGCAGUACCAAGCGCUGAAGAGGGAAUGUCACGACGCUUUCAUCUACGUAGACCAGGCCCUGACUUCUGAUGAGAGCGGGGACGUGGCAAAAGCCAUGGAGCUGUACCAGCGAGCACGCCACCACUUGGAAAAGGGGUUUCAGAUUCAGUGUAACAGAGAAGAAGCCACGAAACUCCGAAGUAAAAUGACGAGGUCUUUGACUCAGGUGAAAGCCAGGCUUCAGUAUCUAGAGCCGAUGAUGGCGCCACAGCAGAACGGUCAUCCAGGCCCUGUUCAACCCACCGCACCACCGCGGGAAAGCGAGCCCUCGGCACCUUCUACGAGACCAGUAGCCCCCCCUUCACGCCCUCCCCCACCCUCAGCAGUAAUCCCUGCAACACCCUCCACCUCCGCACAAGCAGAUAAUGAUUUGCCCCCUGCAUACUCCGAGGUGGUUCCGCGAGGACACAUCUCGGCGGGGUCUACAGCCGAUGAGCGAGACUUCAUCUCCUUAGGAGACAGUAUCCUCUCCGAGGAGGAGGCAUCAGGAAUGAGCAGUGUCUUCACUGAUGCAGACGAACUCCUGUGCAUCCCAGAUGGCGUACAGAUAUUCUACGUCAGUCCAGAUGGUCAUGUCAGUGCCCCUUCUUACCCAGGCCCUCUUAGAAUCGUCAAAAUCCCCGAACAGAACACUACCUUCCUUCAAGUCGCUGAUUGGUUGUAUCCUCUCGUCCCCGGCCAAUCGCCUGCUCUGCACAGCAGCAUUGGUGCCUACAUGUUCCCCGAUAUCCUGUCAGGACAGUACGGCUCUUGUGUGGGGGUUGUCAUCUCCUCAGAAGUUGAUGCUGUGCAGCAGACACAGUUUCAGAGUCUGCUGCAGGAAUACUCGCAACUCCAUACACAGCCUCCUGAGGCUCAGGCGGGGGUUGGAGAGGCUGGUGUUGGAGACCUGACUCAGGUGGUUGGAACACGGGGCGCCAUACCAACAGCACCACCAGCAGAAGCUCCACAGAGACCCGAAGUUGCUCCAAGGAGACCGGAAGUUGCUCCAAGAAGACCAGAAGUUGCUCCAAGGAGACCAGAAGUUGCUCCGAGGAGACCAGAAGUUGCUCCGAGGAGACCAGAAGUUGCUCCAGAAAGGCCUGAAGAGCCUACAUCCACUAAAGAGGUGCCCCAGUGGAGCCAGAAGGUGUCCAAGGGGCUAGUUGUUGGAGCUGAGUGGGUGUCUUGGGGAGCGACCAAAGGAGCAGAGCUGACAGGAAAGCUGGUGACCAAAGGUACUGCAAAGCUGAAGGAGCGCAUCAGGCCUGACGAGAAACCUGCAGAGGUGGACCCCAAAUAUGUCAAGGGAGCUCAGGUUGCCAGGGCUACAACCCAUGUGACCUUGAAAGUGACCAAGGCUGUGGUGUUGGCUGUGAGAGACCUGACCUUGAGGGUUGGUCGUGAGCUGGCCCCCCAUGUGAAGAGGGUGGGCACCCAGCUUCUCCCAGACAGCGUGAAAGAUGACACAGAUGGGAAGAAGAAGCAAACAAUGGAUGGAGUUGUGGAGGUCGCAGCAGGUGGAUUACAAGCCUUUAGCACAGUCUAUCUGGCCCUAGAGGCUGCAGCUGUCUCUAUUGCCAAGAACAUUGGUAAUGCUACAGUGGAGACUGUUGAACACAAAUAUGGUAACCAGGCUGGGAGGGUAGCGGACGAUGCCGUCAACACCCUGGGGAAUGCUGGUUUAGCGUGGCACUACAUGGAUGACAUCGGCAUCAAGGCCAUUCUCAAGAGGACUGCAAAGGAUGCAGGGAAGGCUGCGAUAGAAGAUAUGAGGAGGAAUAAGGGCCCUGGAAGUGGGGACCCGUCCAGUAUGGGGAAGGGGGGUCCGGAUGGAGCAGGGGGAGGGGCAGGUGGGAGUGCUGCUGGAGGGGCCAUGGGGAACAUGCUUUAGUAGGUUAGUUAGGUUGUCAAUGAGAUCAGUGCCACCCAGCACACAAAAAUUCACUGCUUGAGAUUACAUAAAUACACAGUGUAAUGUGUAAUGGAUAAGUGGCUGAAACACAUAGUAAUGGACUUAUGGUGUGAUACAUGUAUUUGCUUCUCAUUAUGCAAUGUGUUAACUCUAGAAGUGUACUGUGUUGGAAAAGUGUACGUGUACUGUUUUGCAAAGAUGCUGACAGAAAAAAAAAGAACAACUUCCAUGUCAAUUGCAUUCUUGCCUCUUGUGCCUUUAGGCUUAUGUAUUCAAAGUAUAGUAGUAUAUCCAAGUACCAGGAUGUACUUUGUGUAAAUUGAGGACAAUCCAUUUAGCUUUUUGCUGCUUUUCAAUGUCAUUACUACUAGUAUUUAUGUGUGGAUUUGGAAAUUGAAUUUUGAUGUAUAAAGCUUGAUGUGGUAAAAUGUAGCUAUUGAAGAAAGUAUUAAGAUAAAGGAGAUGUAUUAUGUAUAUAAAGUUAUUCACUCAGACAUAUUUCCUCAUACAUCAACUUUGCUUUAUAACUAAAUAAGUUAAACAAUAUGUUUGCUGUAUUAAUGGUGUUUUUUAAGUUUUAAAAACACCAUGAGCCACAGCUCUGUGCCCUGUUGAAUAAAUAUUGAUAAUACCACAUUGAUAUUCAUUCCACCAUAAAAAUUAAGUCUAACUUGUCUAACAUGUAUUGUUAAUGAUUGUAAUAUUUAAAUGACAUAGACACAAUGAGACAAUGUUAUGAAAUGGGGAAAGGUUGAAAGCUGAAGUACAUAUUUAUUUCCAUACAUUGGCACA